CCAAAGUCAAAUAUUCAAUUUGUUGUAGUUGUAAUCUUUUUUUUUUCAAGUGGUUUACAGUGGACAGAUAACAGAGAUAAUGUUUUAAAAUUUCGAUUAAUUUGUUCCCCGCGCUGGUCGUAUUAAGUUCUUAAUAAAACGAAAAAAUGUCCGAAGUGUUGGAUGAGUGGGACGAAUUAAACACCGAUUUCAAGGAAUUGGAGGCCCAUAACAGAGCAUAUUUAAAACACCUAGAAGAGCUCUCAGGCUAUCAGAAAAAAUGCCAAGAACACAUCAAGCACCAGAGGUAUCGAAUAGGGAUUAUAACCAAGAAAUUAAGCAAAAUGCCCAAAACAAAAGAAAAUGAAGCACAAAUAGCCGAGUUGGAAAACAGUAUAUUGACUCGCAAAGCACAACUGUAUGAAAUUGAACAAACCUUACCAAAAGAAAAUGGCCUUUAUUUAAAGAUAAUUUUAGGAAAUGUUAAUGUUUCUAUUUUAAAUAAGGAAGAAAAGUUCAAAUAUAAAGAUGAGUAUGAAAAAUUUAAACUGAUUCUGAGUAGUAUAUGUUUUGUAAUGGCUAUUUUAAAUUAUUGCAUAAGAUUCAGAGCCCUGGAACUGAGCUACAUAUUUUUGUUGGUGUGGUAUUACUGUACCCUAACAAUUAGGGAAAGUAUUUUAAAAUUAAAUGGAUCAAGGAUAAAAGGAUGGUGGAGGUUCCAUCACUUCUUUUCCACAGUUGCAGCUGGAAUUUUGCUUGUUUGGCCGGAUAAUGAUACAUGGUUGGAAUUUAGAAAUCAGUUUGUGUUGUUCAACAUUUAUCUAAGUUUCGUUCAAUAUCUACAAUUCAGAUACCAACGGGGCGUCCUCUACCGGUUGAAAGCCCUCGGCGAGAGACAUAACAUGGAUAUAACGAUCGAAGGUUUUCAUUCUUGGAUGUGGAGAGGGUUAAGCUUCCUCUAUCCAUUUUUGUUUGCUGGUUACAUCUUCACCUUCUAUAAUGCCUACACCUUAUAUAAGUUAAGCUUUUACCCCAGUGCAACAUGGCAUGUUCCAGUUUUAUGUGCAAUGUUCUUCAUACUAUUUUUGGGAAAUACUCUUACCACAAUAAUGGUUAUACCGAUUAAAUUGCAUGAAAGAGUAAAGCUUCAAUAUAGAAUAAUGAGCCAAAGAUUGAGCUCUCAGUUGCUGUAUAGUAAAGAAAACGAGGAAAGUGAAAAACAGAGCGAAGACAAAAAAUUGGAGUAGGAAUAUUUUUUUUUAGUUCAGGUAACUAGUAGGUAAUUAAAACAAUUGUAUUCUAUUAAUAUAUAUUAAAUACAUAUUUGGGUUGUGUAAGUAUUUAGGUUAUUAUUUAAUUUAUUUUAUUGUAAAUCAAAAGUAAUGAAUAUUAAAACGCUUAUUUUAAA